AUGGUCUGGUGUUUAGAAUUCCUUGUUGACAACAGAAGUAACAGAAGUAGCAGCAGUAGUACUAGUAGCAGCAACAGCAGUAGUAUCAGCGCCAGCACCAGCAAUAGUACUAGUAAUAGCAGCAACAUCAGUAGUUGUAGUAGCGGUAGCAACAGCGUUCGUCCUAGAAGGAGCACCAGUACCCGCAACAGCAAUACUAGUAGUAGCAGAAGCAGUAGUAGUAGUAGUAGUAUCAGCAGCAGUAGCAGAGGUAGCAGCAGUAGUAGCAGUAGCAGCAGUAGUAGCAGUAGCAGUAGCAGCAGGCCCCUAUAG